AUGAAACGAUUCUUUUCAGGAUCUAAAAGUAAAUCUGAUUCAACAUCUUCAAGUUUAUCAUUAUCCACUAAACAUUUUUUCAAUCAUAACAGUAACUCAACUAAUACAAACAGUGACAACAAAAGUGACAACAUUGGUUCGAAUAGCAACAGUCUAGAUGAAUCAUCUACAAUAUCUAAUACUUCCACUCCAAAAAUAGGGUCUCUUGCAGCCACAUUUGGAAAAAGAUUAUUGAAUUCAGAUGCAUCACCGAAUAUUCCUAAAUUUACAGAUGAUAUAUAUUUCUUGGGAGAUCCUUCUAAUAAAGAAUUGUCUCCAGAAUUGGUACCAAUCGUCACAUUACUCACUGCUCAAUCACAUAGAAGAUAUCACAAAGGCGUCAUUCUACUUCUUCACGAUCUUAAGAAUGACGGUACACCAUCUGAUAGAAUCUGGAAAGAAUAUUAUGCUGUUAUUAUAGGCUCACAACUAGCACUAUGGAACGCAAAUGAUUUAACUAACAAUAAUAACAACAACAACAACAAUAAUAAUAAUAAUUCAAAUUUUAAAAAUUCCGUCUCAAAACCUAAAUAUAUUAAUUUCACCGAUGCAACAUUAAGACCAAUAGAUUCCAAUGAUUCACUUAUUCUAAAUGAUAAAUCCAAAAGAUUUUCACAUUUGGAAAAUGUCCUUGUCAUAUCUACCACUUUGAAGAAUAGAUAUUUCCUCAAAUUCAGUGAUCUAGAAUCUUACCAUGAAUGGACUGCAGCUAUUCGCUUGUCCCUAUACGAAAACUUAUCGUUACAAGAAGCCUACACAGGUGCCUUUCUUUCGUCAAGAGGUAGUAAAUUGGGGGAUAUUAAGAAUAUUAUGGCAACAGAUAAUAAAUUUACUUACUCCGAAUGGGUUAGUGUCAGAUUUGGAGCAGGGAUGCCAUGGAAACGUUGUUAUGCGGUCAUUUCUCAAUCCACCUCAAAGAGAGAAUUGAAAUGGAAAAGCAAAAAAUACAACAGAAAUGAUACACAGCAUCAUACAAAUAAUGGGAACAAUUUCAAAGAUAAUUUAAAUAAUCAUAAUACUCAGAACGGUAUAAUUAGAUUUUAUGAACAUGAUAAAAAAAUUACAAAGAAGAAUGCUAUGGCAACAGUCACAGAAGCGACCGCUUUAUAUGCAGUUUAUCCUUCUUCACCAUUAUUAAUUGAUAACUCCACUAUUAUAAAGUUAGACGGCACAAUUUCGUUCGACUCUUCAUUAGAUUCAGUCCAAAAUGGUAGCAUUUUUAUUAUGGCUGAGAAGCAUUUAGGCGUCCCAUCAUAUGACACUAUUAUCAGAUUCCUGAUACCCGCAAUGAAUGCAUUUAAUCUAUAUGGUAGACCCAAACAAUUAAUAGCAAACAGAAACGAUCCAAGAUCCCUGAUGUUUGCAGUGCCUACUUUACCAGCUAUCUAUUACUUAGAGGUAAAAGAUAUCCUAAAGAUUAUUAACUCCAACGACACAUCACACUGGAAUAAUGAAGAUUGGAAUGAAAAAAUUGACCAAUUAUUGGUAACAAAGAUAACUAAACAUAAUUAUACCGGAUGUAGAUUAAAAAGUAAAUCACCAACCAUAUAUUCGUCUCCAACUGUAAAACCGAAAGAAUUAGUCAGUGUAUCUGGAGUGGGUUCAAAUUCAUCUUCCUGUAAUCAACCAACUUUUGAAAAUGACAUUCCAAACAAUAACAGCUCUAUAGUUAAGGAACCAAAUAAUUCCAAAAGUAGUGAAUCUGUACUUUCUCCACCAAUAUCUGUAAAAAGACAUUCUUUACUAAAUGAUCAAGACAUCAAUGAGAGGACUCCAAAUAACUCUAACAGAUUUAAACCAGAGACACAUAAGAAUUACAGUCCAUUGAGUCCGCAAAGGGAAUUGAAUAAAAUUCAUGAUACCUAUACCAAUAAUCUUGAUUCCUUUGAAAAUUCAUUAACAAACACUCCAAAUCUAAACAAUAAAAAAAAUGACUUUGUCAUUCCCCCCAAAUAUAAUAAUCCAAAAACUCUAGAUCUAAGUGGUACAGAGGGUUAUGAAUCGCCUUAUGAAGAAUACGUUGGAAUCAGUCCGGAUAAUAAACCGUUCAAUAUUUCUGCAAUUGAGGAACCUAUCGAUUACAACGAUGAACUAGAUUAUGCUUCAGCACAUUCUUCAAAUUUUGAUAUAAAAAAGUAUUCAGAUGAACAAUCAAGUGCAAAUGAAGAUGAUGAAAAAGAUGCUGAUGAUAUACCAGUUAAAAGAAUAGAUAACAUAGAUAAGGAUUUACCUACUUUGAUAGACAAGAUUAAUGGUAUUUCCAUGAAUGAGUCUAAAAAUGCAUUAAUAGGUGGAAAAGAUUCCAAUUCUUUUAACCAAAGAUUCAGUAUGAAACCACAAAUGUUUCCUGAUGACGAAAUUGAUCCAGGUAUUAUAUCUGGGUUACAUUUAAAUAAUAUUUCAUUUAUUGAAGAGAAACAAUCAAAAUUAGCAAACCAAAAACAACCUUAUAUUAACCAAAGCAAUGAGGUUGAUGUAACUGAUCCUCAAUAUUUCGAGCAAUGUCAAAUAAAUGAAACUCAAAAUUUUUAUAGUAAACAAAAUGAAAAGACAUCUAAUUCAGGGGUAGAAAAACAAAUGCCAAAUAGUCCUAGUACACAGUUUAUUCCUAAGUCAAGCACAAGUAUAAAUUUACAUUAUCUGACCCAAGACAGUACUCCCACCUCUACAACUGUAACUUCUAACGCUAAUUCAAAACAAAAUAUUUCUCAAUUUCAUGGAACCCAAUCAAGACUACAUAACACUAAUCCUUCAAAUUAUUACAAUAAACCAAGUAAUGACUUACAUGUUCCACAAACUUUUAAGCAACAAUCUCAGAUGCAACAUUUAAUGAAUGGAUAUCCAAGAAUACCCCCUCCAUCUCAAGUUAACUAUCGAAAUAACUCUUUUGGUCCACAAAAUACUACUCCAAUAAAGGGUGGAAGAAUUCCACCGCCAGAUAACUCUACUAUUAAUAGAAGCGGAUUUUCUCAAUAUAUGCCAAAUACUCCAACAAAGAACCCAUAUUCUAAUUGA